AUGAGGUUGAACUUCUUUGUUACGUCGCCAAAAAACCCCAUCUUGAUUUUGCGCGUAUUGACAGAGCUCUGCGCCAUCACCUUGGCGGCUCUCGUUGUGGUUGUCGUGGAAGACCUGCAAUGGGCACUGGCAUCUCGUCCAGGCGGUAUCAGCCUGUUACACUUUGUCGGGUUGGACUCCGGCACAGGCGUAUGGGGACUAUUGCGUCUCUUGGCGACGGCUGAAUGGAAGCAUAAGUACUCUAGUCUGUUUCGUCUUCUCGUCAUCUGCUCAAUCCCUCUGCCUGGCGUUAUUCUGAUGGGCGCUAUCUCUAUCGACAUGGUCACAUUUCCUGAAAAGACAUACAACGUAUCCGCUGGGGUUGCUCCAUUCAACACCUCGUACGUCUACAGCAUAGGGCAAUCCACGGCGACAGCACUAUUGGUGCAAAUGGGUAGCCCUACCUGGUCAGACAGAGACUCGUACUCUCUGGACCCUUUGGAUCAUGAUUCAGGGAAAUGCACCGACGCGAACGGCCAUUGGGCAGCUUGUGAUGAAUCGCACAUGCUCACAGGCGGUAUUGUAUCCGUGGCCCCUCAAUCAGACGAUCUAAAACAAUAUCCGGACUCUACGACAUACGUUGUUCCUAACACUCGGGUCGUGCAGCUCGAGUACGGCACGGUGCACGAUCUACAAAAGCUUCGCGCAACAGGCAAAUGCGUGCUGCUCGGCGCUGCCAGUGCUGCCUCGUACUGGUGUACUGCUGUUGGCGAAGAUAAGGAAUUUCUGUUUGGCUCCGCGUACUGCCCAAUCUCACUGCAAACGACCAACUCCUGCAUCAACAAUACGGAUUGGACCGACCCCCUGGAGCUCGCCUCCUCGCUUUUCGUGUAUUCUCGUCUUGCCACCAUCACCUACGAUCGCGGGAACUUCUCUAUACUCUCUGUGACCGAUUUGUCAACACCAAAGCGGGACGUCAUUGCCCUUGACGAUUACAUGCUCUCACUAUCCGUAGUGAUCCCAGGCUUCAACGCGAGCGCCGACUCGAUGAAAGGCGAUAACUCAGCUCUUGCUAUUUAUGCUGUGACAGCACUACCGAUCAAUGACAGCGAGGUGGCGAAGAAGCAGUCGUUGAAAGCUAUACGCAAGGCCAUGUCGGUGCCGUUCCACUACUUCCAGGCAAACUACGAGUCUGUCGGACCCUCGGUCUGGGAGCUUCCAGGGCCCCGUGAGGGCUUGCCAGAGGAUAUGUACACCACCAUGUCUAUAUCCAUUCUCAGCCAUGAAGUUAUUGCGGGCCAAGUGAGCAGGUGGCUUUUCGUGCUCGUGAGCGGGCUGAUCCUGCUUUUGGCGGCAGCUAUAAUCGUGGCCACGUCAAAGGUCUGCGGAAACAGACCAGAUAGAUGCGGCUACCCGACUCUGGACUUCGCCGCCGUGUGCGCGGUAAAGGGAGGAAUACCGCCUGCGCCGGCAGACUGGGGAGAUAACCCAGAGGCGGCUCGCAGUGAACCAUCUCAUGCGAGCAGGCUAUAUCGAAGCCUGACACAACUGGGUCAGAAGCCCAGACGCUUUGAUGUGGCUAAGAAUAUCAAAAAUGACAGGGUCAUUAUCGGUUAG